AUGGGAAAAGACGAUUUUAAAAUACGGCUUCAGCCACAGGACGUCGCAAACCAAAAGAACCCUACGCAUAAAAACGCUGCAAAAAUAUUCAUCCAUCCAACCACCUUCGCUCAGGGGGGCUUUACCACAGCACAUCUCUGCAAUGUCCAGACAGAUGGGGCCGUUCGAUUAGAAGCAGUUGCUUGGCCGGCUCCAGAUAAGAAUGUUGCCAACAACAUCAUCUCUAUUAGUCGAGUCUUUCAAAAGCUAGCUAGUGUAGAACUUGGUCAAAUAGCUAGAGUGACUCCUGGUAAUGGACCCGUUCCCGAUGCUGCCGUCGUUGUUAUGAGAGAGAUAACACCUGAUGCUGUCCCGUUACCUUCUUCAGAACAGACAAGAUGGCAAUAUCAUCUAGAAAGUCGGCUAGAAAUAGCGGAGUUCAUCUUACCUGAAAUAUCAUUUGAUGAAAUCGUCUUAAAUGGAUCGAGACGUUCAUUCGUAGUUACAUCUGUAAACGGAAGAACGGAUUGCGUUGCGAAAUAUGCACCAGGAACUACAAUUGUCGAGUUUUCCAAUGAAGAUGCAAAGAGUACGGGGGGUAAGUUAGAAGUCAACUUACUCCCAGCUAUGCGGCAUCAAGUAAACGAACUUAACGAAUUCUUCGACGACUUUGACGUUGAAUUCGAAGGAUAUACGAUACCGACUUAUUCAUGUGGCAUCAUAAUCCAUGGAAGCCAUGGGACGGGAAAAUCGAUGCUACUUGACCAAAUUGCAGCUACAAACUGGGGUAGAGUUAUACGGCUCACUUAUAAUGAAAAGCCGUCCACCAUUCAGAGUUAUUUUAAAACAGCGCUCGAGCAGCGUAGUCCAACCAUUAUCUUAAUCGACGAUAUAACGAAGUUAAUAGGAAAGGAUCAAUCAAAUCGCCAGGUCAUGGUCGAGACUAUUGGUGAGGCGCUUGAUGCUUUAGCGAAUAAGGCACGUCAACAAAAUAGGAGACCACAUGUCUUAGUUGUUGCUACCUGUCUCGAUUAUCUAAAUGAUAUUCCCCAUACUCUCCAACGCCCUGGUCGAUUUGAGGAGCAUAUAGCCCUCCCCGUUCCAGACGCACAAGGUCGGAAAGAGAUUAUCAAGCAUCUUAAGCCAACCUUUUCUCCUGAUGUCUUCGAUCAAUAUAUUUCAGACCUUGGUGAUCGCACACACGCGUAUACUGGUGCGGAUUUACGCAAAGUCCUAUAUAGGGCCACCAAGGCAUGGAGGAAGCGAGUAGGAAGCCCCUCCAAGACACACCCCUUAACGUGGGAUGAUGCUGUGAAGGGACUUCAAGAAGUACGACCUACCGCUAUGCAUGACAUAAAUCUCAAGCCACCCACCGUGCGCUGGAGCGACAUUGGCGGGUACGAAGAGGUCAAAGUUGCGCUCCAGAGAGUGCUUCGACAUCCUACGGGUUCUCGUGCGCGAAUGUCAAAACCGCCAAAAGGCGUGCUACUCUACGGUCCUCCCGGCUGCUCUAAGACCAUGACAGCGCAAGCCAUGGCUACAGAAUCAGACUUCAACUUCUUUGCCGUUAAAGGAGGCGAGCUACUCAACAUGUACGUGGGUGAGACCGAGCGCUCCAUCCGCAACCUGUUCAAGCGCGCCCGCGAAGCCAGCCCCAGCAUCAUAUUCUUCGAUGAAUUCGACUCAAUCGCCGGGUCGCGGUCGGGUCCUAGCGGUAGCGGUAGUAGUGGUGGCGUCCAAGCCCUCACGACACUACUAACUGAAAUGGACGGGUUCGAGCGUAUUGGCGAAGUCUUCGUCCUCGCAGCUACUAAUAAACCUGAGCUCCUGGACUCGGCGCUGCGAAGGCCCGGCCGGUUUGAUGAACUCAUCUACGUCCCGCUACCAGAUGCCAAGGCAAGACAAGCUAUCUUUACGGCUAAGGCUAAAGAGCUCGAGUUCCCAACAGAUAUAGACGUUGCAGAGCUGGCGAGCCGCACAGAGGGAUACUCCGGCGCGGAGGUUGCAAGGAUAUGCGAUAAGGCGUUUUGGGAUGCGGAGGAUGAGACGAUGCCCGCGAUGGAGGUUCUGAUUAAGGCGAUUGAGAAGACGCCGAGGUUGGUCACCGGGGAUAUGUUAGAGCAUUAUAGGGAGUGGGGAGAGAGGUUUAGGUCGUAG